AUGCAGACUACACUGUCGGGCCUGCGCGCACCGAGUCACGGGCUCGGUGUGCAACGCUGCCGUCCACGCCAGACUAUGCGUUUCGCGGUGCAUGCCAACACCCGAUGGAGCCUGGCUCCUCGCAAGCAGAAGAGCAAGUUCUUCGAGGGCGCCUCCGAGGAGGUACAGCUUAUUGGGGAGUCGGGUGCGCAUCGCCUGCGCUCGGACCCUGGGAACAGUGCUCAGAAGGAUGGGGACGAGACAGUGCUGGAGGCUGGCGGCAUCAACAUCCUCUUUGAGGCGGAGGGCGCCUCCCACCCUGACGACUCCCCCUCCGUCCUGUACGUCACCGAUGUCGACUCCGACCUGGAGAUUUACCUGGACGGCGCGGAGCUGAAGAAGGGGAAGCGCACCAAGGUCAAGCCUGGCGCCAAGCUGGACUUUGGUGACGAGGCCAGUUAUACGAUCCUGCGCAACGUCGCCACGCAUGCCUGA